AAGUUUGAACCCUAGUACAAAAAAACAGUGGCCGCUUCUAUGUCGAUCAUGAUCAAGGAUCUCCUAUUUCAGCCCAGACCCCAUGUAAAGCUGCAGAAUCAUCCUUGCUUAAACUUUCAUUGUAGAACCCAUUUCUUCCCCCAGACAAGCAAACCAAUUCAUCAUCAUGGAUAGCUCAUCCGGCGACAAUCUUGGCCAACAAGCCUCCAGCAACUUCAACGCAUUCCUUGCCGUCACCGUUGUUGUUUCGGUGCUGAGCAUCCUGGGAUCCGUCGCCAUAGUCUACUUCGUGUACAGGUGCGUCAAGAAGAACGGCCUCCCCGCCAUCAACAUCAACACCACCAGCCCCGCGCCGGCGGGGAGCACGACGCUGUACGCUGUGGUGCCGGACUCCCAGAUACGGGACGCCACCGUUGAGCGGUUCCUCAAGGAGAUCGCCGGCGAGAAGCCCAUCCGGUUCACCCCGCAGCAGCUCUUGGGCUUCACCAACAACUACUCCGCCCGGCUCGGCGCCGGCGGCUUCGGCGCCGUCUACAAGGGCAUGCUUCCCAACGGCCUCAUGGUCGCCGUGAAGCGCCUCCACCCCGGCCACGACGACAGGACCUCGCAGGAGCAGUUCAUGGCGGAGGUGGGCACCAUCGGGAGGACGCACCACAUCAACCUGGUCAGGCUGUUCGGCUUCUGCUACGAAGCCGACGUGCGCGCGCUGGUGUACGAGUACAUGGAGCACGGCGCGCUCGACUCCUACCUCUUCGACCGGAGCCGCGACCUCGGCUUACAGACGAUGCGCGCCAUCGCCGUCGGCGUUGCCAGGGGGCUCCGGUACCUCCACGAGGAGUGCCAGCAGAAGAUCGUGCACUACGACAUCAAGCCCGGCAACGUCCUCCUCGACGGCGGCCUCACGCCCAAAGUGGCCGACUUCGGCCUCGCGCAGCUGCUGAACCGGGCGGACACGCACAAGACCGUCUCCGGGAUGCGUGGCACGCCCGGGUACGCCGCGCCGGAGAUGUGGAUGCAGGCCGGCGCCACCGAGAAGUGCGACGUCUACAGCUUCGGCAUCCUCCUGUUCGAGAUCCUCGGCCGGAGGAGAAACUUCGACGAGGCCGCGCCGGAGAGCCAGCAGUGGUUCCCGAAGCUGGCGUGGACAAAGUACGAGAGCGGCGAGCUAAUGGAAGUCAUGGCGAGUUGUGAUGGCGCGUGCGAGGAAGACAAGAAGGCGGUGCAUAGGAUGUGCGAGGUGGCGUUCUGGUGUGUGCAGCAGCAGCCGGAGGCGAGGCCGCCGAUGAGUGUGGUGGUGAAGAUGCUCGAGGGCGAGAUGGACAUUGCUCCGCCCGCGAACCCGUUCCAGCAUCUCAUGGCAACGCCGGCGGCGGCGAACCUGUGGACCACGGGGACGAGCACCGUGAACUCGGUGUCCACUUCUGCAAAUGGUGUUCCUCGUGGUAGCGACGAGAUCGUUUAAGCUAUGGGAUGCUGUACAGCUUGACUCGAUCUAAGCCCAAGGAAACAUUUUCCUUGGAACAAUAGACGUAGAGCAUAGGCAUUGGUUAAAUCGUUAUUCUAAAUUUGUCUCCCUCUGUUUCUAAAUACAAAUCUUUUUAGGGAGGGAGUAAUUCACAA